AUGGAGGAUUUUGAAUUGCCAAUUGCUGCUGAGAUAAAUAGGGACCUGUUUUCUGAUGAGAUCGAGGUUUACAAGAACGAUAUUGAGUCAUUUGAUGUUGAUAAGUUCCUGAUGAAAAACAAUCUUCAAUACAUCCAGCUCGACUCAUUGAUUAGGAGUGUCGACGAUUUAUCGAGAGAUGUCAUCCAGAACCUGUCCGCUGAGUUGAUAAACAAGUAUACCGAUUACACCAAGUUUUGUUUGACAUAUGCGAUCGAUGGGGACAAGCUUAACAAUAACGAAAGUUUGGCUGAAUUGGAAAAGACAAAGACCAAUUUGUACGAGUUCAUUUCCCAAUUGGAACUACUGAUCGCCAAGGAUAUACCUAGAACUAAGGAGGUCAUAUCAGAUACCACCAGCUAUCUAAGCAAGGUAAAUGAGAUUGAACAGAUACUAGUCAACCACAUCAGGUUGAACAAGACGCUGGCAAGAUCAAAAGAAUUGAGUGAUGCGUUGCACCAUCUCUGUGGGAGCGACGUACUCGACGAGCCAGUAAUUCUAGAGCUAAUGAAACAACUGAACAAGCUAGUGCUGCAGACGUUCGCAAUGCUACGUGAGCUCGACGAUCUGGACUCGCCAUAUAUCCGCCAUCUAAGAAAUGAUUACCAGUCCCUUAUACAGACGUUCCAGAUCUCGAUGAAGAUUUUAGUAGAGAAGUGCAUCUCAGACCCAGAUAAUUAUACGAACUUGGCAACUGAACUUGUGCUGAUAAUGAAACAAACACAACAGCUAACAGACGCACCUUCCCAAGAAUAA